AUGACAAGUGAAAACCCAGUCUUCGAACGGCACCAAACCGUUUACAAAACCGAUACCAAAUUCCAACUCGACACGCUCUCCUACCAAACACAAUAUGUCGAUAUCUACUUUUUACGACUCGCAAAGCUUAAACGUAUCGUUGAAGCUCAUGGUCGUGAACGAUGGGAUGCCGUCGAAGUCAACGGAGAUUAUGUUAAACGUGUAGAUCGGGUGCUAGAUGUACGACAAGGAGAAUUAUGCUGGAUUACCGGAACGAUAUACAUGAAUAUGCCGUUGAAGCCUAAUGUGCUCGAUGACAUUGCAAAAGAUCACUUCAUAUCUGCACCCCUCCCCCGCCAAAAAUAUCGAGAUUUCGAAAAAGAUCAAAUAAUGAUCGAAGAUGAAUCCGGCCGCCUUGAGCUUGUCGGCUCCAAAAUAAAAACCGAAGAUCUAGUAACGGGUUGUGUAGUCGGCGUAAUGGGCACGGAAACCGCUAGCGGCGAGUUCGAGGUUAUAGACAUAGUCCUCCCCGAGCUACCAGACCAAAACCCACGACCUAUUCCCAAAGCCCCAUCUAGCCAGAGGAACUACGUAGCAUUGCUCAGUGGAUUAAACAUCACCGGGAACAUCCAUGAAAGUAUAGAAACACAUCUACUAGUCGAAUAUCUCCUAGGGGAGGCCGGAAGUCCAGAAGACCAAGCAAAAACAUCUUCAAUAUCCCGUCUCAUAAUUGCUGGAAACUCAUUAUCGGAACCCCACGCUCAAGCAACCGACGAUGCAGCAGCAGCAGCAUCAUCAUCCCGUCCCACCAAGUCCAAAAAGUACGGCUACGACGCCGCAUCCUACAACGCUAAGCCCACGGCUGUAUUAGAUGCUCUCUUAACCGACCUCUGCACAUCUAUAAGCGUAACACUUAUGCCUGGAGAAACUGAUCCUGCAAAUGCGUCAUUACCACAGCAAAAGAUGCACCCGACGAUGUUCCCCACGGCGAAGUACUAUACAGGGUCGACGUUUAUACCAUCUACAAACCCCCAUGCUUGUGAAAUUGAUGGAGUGAGGUUUUUGGGAACCAGUGGGCAGACUAUUGACGAUGUAUUCAAAUAUGUGGAUGGUGAUGAUCGGUUAGAGAUGAUGGAGAAGACAUUGAGAUGGAGGCUUGUGGCGCCGACGGCGCCGGAUACAUUAUGGUGCUAUCCAUUCCAAGACGAUGACCAAUUCGUGAUAGAAACCUGUCCGCAUGUAUAUUUUAUUGGGAAUCAGUCGGAGUUUGGUACAAGACUAACACAUGGUUUAAACAACCAAGAAGUUCGCCUGAUAACAAUCCCCAAGUUUUCAGAAACGGGAGAGCUGGUCUUGGUCGAUCUGGAAACAUUGGAUUGUGAGAUUAUCAGUUUCAAGUCGAAAUCCGGAGUAUCAGCAUAG